AAUGUUUACAAAAUAAAGCGUUGUAACAGUUAAUAAAAGUUUGCAAGAAAAAUUGCAAAAAUUCAAAUGUUCCUGUAAUUCUAGAAACUACAAACUAGUCAACAUUUCAUGUAAAUAUAUGAAACAGUGGCUGCAUUUUGCCUUUCUGUGAUGAAUUAUUUUAAAAGUUACAAUUCACAAUAUGUGGAUUACUCGCUUUAAGUAAGUCUUCAUUAUGAUAAACCCAUUUUAAAAAUAUGUUUUCAGGGACAUUUGAUGUGCACGUGUGCAACUUGUGCCCCCCACAUCCAUCAAGGUCAACAAGGCUCUUGGACCAUGACCAUGUUGGAAACUUGGUGGAGUCAUUCCAAGGGAAUGGAUGUGGCCAACUGGUGAUGAUGAUUGGAAUGGUUUCACCAGGAACAGACCUUAGCCGUCUCCGUGAACCGGGUGAAGCGAUGAUAGAGGUUCUUGGUGGGAACCACACCCGUGAGGCUCUCCAGGCUCUGGAGAAGAAAGGGGCACUGGAUGUGGAACAUGUGAAAGUCAGGUUGUACAGGUCCUUACCACAGACUUCUGCUUUGGCCCUUGGCUUCCAGCACAACUAUCUGUUGCAUGAAAAGAAGAGAGCUGUGACAUUUCUGGAAAAGGUGAAGUUGAUGAGGGAUUGUCGACUUGACAACAAAUCAGAAACAGAAUGGAAAGACAUGCUUGUCAUUGUUUUUAGACUUAAGGAUAGAAGAACUCUUCAACAGCAGAUGACACACCAUUUGCUGAUGGCCAAGCUGCCAAUGAAGAUUUGGACCAUGAUUAUGAAAUUUGGUGAUGUCCCAGAAAAAUUCUAUAGAAAUCUAAUGAGGUUAGAUGACGAAAGCCUGCUGGAGACCUGCCUUGAGGUAUUACUCACUGAAGGGCCAGGGAAAUUUAGGUUGAAAGUGAAAGAAUAUAUUGAUAUGGGACACACCAGGUCCAAGAGGAAAACAAAAAAGGUGUCCAGUAGCACUCCUAACACUCCGGCUCUAUCAGAUGACAACAUUGUCACAGAAAUGGAAGUUGAUUCAAAUCCUACAGAUAUGGCAAGACCUGCAAAGUGAAGUAUCAUGUCGACAAUGGUAUUUCAAAGUUGGCCAGAUCCUGGAUAAGAAAGACUUAAAGUGGACUUUCACACCAGUGUACACCAGUGUUUCAGAUGAUUUUGCCCAUUCCAACAUAACUCAUUUGACAGUAGCCCGCCCGCUUAGCUCAGUAGGUAGAGCGUUGGUCUACGGAUCGCGGGGUCGUGAGUUCGAUCCUCGGGCGGGGCGUAUGUUCUCCGUGACUAUUUGAUAAACGACAUUGUGUCUGAAAUCAUUAGUCCUCCACCUCUGAUUCAUGUGGGGAAGUUGGCAGUUACUUGUGGAGAACAGGUUAGUACUGGUACAGAAUCCAGGAACACUGGUUAGGUUAACUGCCCGCCGUUACAUGACUGAAAUACUGUUGAAAAACAGCGUUAAACCCAAAACAAACAAAAAAACAAACAAACAUUUGACAGUAUCCCCUAUGCUGAAUGACUUGCAGGCUAAAAUGAUGUCAUUUUUGUUAUGUUAAUUUUCUGUUUUUUAUUUAAUGCGCUAGCAUAAGAAAAAGUGCUAUGAGGAAAGUAUUUCUUUUAGACUUUAUUUAAGUGAUGCAUGAAAAAUUAUCUACCACUAGUUGUUUAUGCAGACUUAAAUAUCUGGGGCACUUGGGGAAUUAAUUAUAUUGGUAAGUCAGACAAGCCUUGUUACCACCAAAACAAGUUACACUGGAACAGGUUAUUCUGAUCUGCAUCUACAACCAGUGGCAGAUUUUAUAGUCUGUAAUUCAUUAAAUGAUAUCCUAAAACUGAUUGAGUGAUAUCUCAAAAUCGAUGCAUUAUAUGAGAUCCUUAAUUUGAUGAUAUAGUUAUUCAUUUUAUGAUAUCCAAAAACCAAUAAUGGAUAUCAUAAAAUAGAAUUAAAGAUAUGAUUAAAUGGAAUUAAGGAUAUCAUAAAAAUCUGAUUUUAGAAUCUCCAAUAAAUGAAUUACAGAUAUGUAUAAAACAUUUUGUGAUAUAUCUAUAUGCAUUUAAUGAUAUACAAAAAUGAUAAAUGCUAUUGUUAAAUGAAUUUGUGACAUCCAUGAAUGAAUUAAGAAUAGAUUACUUAUAACUGAAUUUAGGAUAUUACACUUAAAUAGUGAACAAAGAGUAAAAUGGCAUUCCGUAGUAUUUUGUAUUUUAUGUAGUGGACAAUCAAAUUUGCAUUCGAUUAAAUUAUAUUGCACCAAAUUCUGUUUAUUUAUUUUAUUUAUUUAUUGUUUAUGUUGAAAUGUAUAUAUGUUUAUUUAUUUCUUGAUGUGAUUUUAAAGUGUGAAAAGUGAUGUUUGAGAGAAUGAUCAAUUUCUAGUAAAUGCUGUAAACAAAUAUGUAUUGAUACUCAUAUUUAAAUGAUGCAUGAAAAAUUAUCUACCACUAGUUGUUGAUGCAGACUUAAAUAUCUGGGGCACUUGGGGAAUUAAUUAUAUUGGUAAGUCAGACAAGCCUUGUUACCACCAAAACAAGUUACACUGGAACAGGUUAUUCUGAUCUGCAUCUACAACCAGUGGCAGAUUUUAUAGUCUGUAAUUCAUUAAAUGAUAUCCUAAAACUGAUUGAGUGAUAUCUCAAAAUCGAUGCAUUAUAUGAGAUCCUUAAUUUGAUGAUAUAGUUAUUCAUUUUAUGAUAUC